GCGCGCGGGGUGCGGGACCGCCCGCUGCUCAGGGGCCGCCCUCCGCCAUGGUGAAGGAGACUACCUACUACGAUGUGCUGGGCGUGAAGCCCAACGCCUCCGCUGAGGAGCUGAAGAAGGCCUACCGAAAACUAGCGCUCAAGUACCACCCUGACAAGAACCCCAAUGAGGGCGAGAAGUUCAAGCAGAUUUCCCAAGCUUACGAAGUCCUGUCCGACCCGAAGAAAAGGGACCUGUAUGACAAAGGAGGCGAGCAGGCCAUCAAAGAGGGUGGCUCUGGUGGUGGCUUCGGGUCGCCCAUGGACAUAUUCGAUAUGUUCUUUGGCGGCGGUGGGAGGAUGCAGAGAGAGAGACGAGGCAAAAAUGUGGUCCAUCAGUUGUCAGUAAGUUUAGAAGAUAUGUACAAUGGUGCAACAAGGAAACUUGCACUGCAGAAGAAUGUUAUCUGUGACAAAUGUGAAGGUCGUGGUGGUAAGAAAGGUGCGGUAGAAUGCUGUCCUAAUUGCAGAGGAACAGGCAUGCAGAUCAGAAUUCACCAGAUCGGUCCAGGAAUGGUGCAACAAAUCCAGUCUGUGUGUAUGGAGUGUCAGGGACACGGGGAACGUAUCAGCCCCAAGGACCGGUGUAAGAGCUGCACUGGCAGAAAAAUUGUCAGAGAGAAGAAGAUACUAGAAGUUCACAUUGACAAAGGAAUGAAGGAUGGUCAGAAAAUAACAUUCCAUGGUGAAGGGGACCAAGAGCCAGGACUAGAGCCAGGGGACAUUAUUAUUGUCUUGGAUCAAAAAGACCACUCUGUAUUUACAAGGCGAGAUGAAGAUCUUCUUAUGUCCAUGGAUAUUCAACUGGUUGAAGCACUAUGUGGCUUUCAAAAGCCUAUCACAACGCUGGAUAACAGAACUAUUAUUAUUACUUCCCAUCCUGGCCAGGUUGUCAAGCAUGGAGCUAUUAAGUGUGUGUUGAAUGAAGGUAUGCCAAUUUAUCGCAGACCAUAUGAAAAAGGACGUCUGAUCAUAGAAUUCAGGGUGAACUUCCCAGAGAAUGGCUUCCUCUCCUCAGAUAAGCUGUCUUUACUUGAAAAACUGCUACCUACAAGGCAGGAACUAGAAGAAACUGAGGAAAUGGAGCAAGUGGAUUUAGUGGACUUUGAUCCAUCUCAAAAAAGAAAACACCACUAUAAUGGAGAAGUCUAUGAAGAUGAUGAGCAUCACCCUAGAGGCGGUGUUCAGUGUCAGACAUCAUAAAUGGGCCAGUGAAUCAAUGCUUGUUUUGUAUGCAUUAGUGGGUGAGUGGAGGACUACAAGCAGUUCACCCUCACUUCCUGCUAUUUGUUGUUCUAUACAGCCAUAGUUGUUUCUAAAAGCAUAAAGAAAUAAACUAAGUAAUUAAACUGACUUUGCAAUUUGUAUAAAGCUCCAGGAUGCAAGCUCAAAUGAAGUUGAUUGCACUUCACCCUGCCUCUUGAUCAAGAAAACUCCCUUACCUGCUUGUCUCUUAUUCCAAGCCUUGUAAUUCCUGUACGUGUGCAAUUGCCCAGGCUUAGAUUAAGAUUCUGUGGUGUUCUUUUUAGGAAUUCUAGAUCUUAUACUCUAUUAAUAAAGUAUGCACAAGUACUUAUAAUUCAUGGUAAGAUAUAGUUAAGUUUUGUACCAGUUAGGAUAACAUGUUGAUGUUUUGGGCUUGUACUGGUGUUUCUUAAACAGGGAUGGGCUCUAAUACAGCCACCUAACAGGCGAAGCUAACAAGGAUGUGGUCAGUCUCCACAGGCCCAUUAAAGUCACGCGAUCCACAAGCUCUCUGGAGCUACUGCACUUAAGGUCAAAUGUUCCCUUCCUCUGCCAGCUUUGGUCCCAACCCUAGAGCUAGACGUGAAGUUUGCUUCGCUUCAUCGCUGACUGCCCUUUGGCUGCUGCCCUGCACCAUGCUGCGUAUAGAGCCAGUGGUUGCUUGGCUGCUGCAGGAGCUUCCUUCGCUACCACGCAUGAAUAAAAACCUCCAGGCUUUAUCAACACACACGCAGUUUGGAAUCUGUUGGCCCACGGGCUUGCGAAGCUUGACUUCCACCUUGGUUACUGAAAUCAGAUACCCCUUGGUGGUGUGUCAUGGAAAGCAGUACCAGCCCUGCUUGUGGGCAUACGUGAACCUGCAGAGGAGAGAAACUUGCUGUCGGUGAAUACAACCAACUGAUGCAUCUAGGAUGUUCUGAAAUUAAUGUAUUGUGUGCAUUAUUUUAAGCUGACUCUUGAAAAUUCUGUAUGAAUGUUCUAAUUAUUGUAGAUGAAGCAUUUCCAAUAUAAUUACAAAAUUGUUCAUUGCCUCUUUUCUUAGACCAGAUGUUGGUUUAAAGAUACCACCCCCUUCUUUUUAGACAGCUAUUCACAGAAAGAUCUUAGCAAAAAACUUCUUUCAGAAAAUAUGCUGAGGAAACAGGUCCAGAUUUAACCUCCAGUGUGGUAGUUUAGUCUUUCUACCAUCUGGCUUGGGCCAGAGCUUGCGCUUUUCAUACUGCUUUGAAGCAAAAGUGUCACGAAAAGAACUUCUUGUUUUUCUUCCUGGAGGUAGCUGCUCCAUGACAGUACCUGUGGUGUAACUUGAAUAUCUGGGAACUGUUAAAUCUUAGCACGUCUAGCUCUUGUAAGUGUUACAGGUUUCAUUGUAUAAAGACAGGUGGUGCCAUGGGUUUUGUACCUCAGAUGUCGUUCCAUUUCAGGUACCCAGGGAACAGUGAUCCCCUGCGCAUUUCACCUGCUUUUUUUUAUUUAUUCGUCUCGGCAGGAAUAAAAUUCUGUAGGCAAUGUGUCCUUCCAAAUUCUACUUGAAUGAGCUCAUCAGUGAGCUGUACAAACGGGGCCAGCAGGAGCCUUCGCUCCAUCAGUAGGACAGUUUGGCUGAGUCCAGGGGAGGAACAGAAAGUAAACCUAUUGUUGGCUGGGGCUGAGACUCCUGCACAGCUGUCUUGAGACUAAACAGCACUAAAACACGCUACUUGUGUUCAGUUCAGUAAGCACCCUUGCUUUUUUUUUCCUUAGCCACUGGAUCAAAACAACUAGGGCAAACCAAGCUCAGUGCAGUGCCUUGAGGGUGACAACUGGAUGUUACUUUGCUUCGGAUGACUGUGUUUUAUAUAAAAUAAACUUUCCAUAGCCUUUUUUCCUCAGGGACACUUCAGUUUUUCUUUCACCACACCCAUAGCUGCAUCAACACAGUUGAGGUAGUGUUUCUGUUCUUGACUUGCUCUCAGGACUGUGGUGACCAGUUCUGCUUCAUGCUUGAUGACACCACAGCUAGCCUAGAGGGUGGGCCAGGUCUAGCUUAGAGGAGGGUGGAUGGCCAGAACCCUCCAGAAACCUUGGCAGAGCAGCCCAGGGAAAGAUGCUGCUUUGAAAUUAGCUAGGGACUGACACAUAAAAGCUAUGUGCUAGAGAAAUAGUUACAGCAGUUAGAGUGAGCCUUCAGCAAAAAGCACUGGCAAGUGAAGACAAGAGCUAGCAGAAGGAGGACCCAGCCCUUAGACCUUUAAGUGGGAUACUGAGUACAAUGUAAGGCCUC